AUGAACAGUACAACGAUAACACCAACUUCUGAUCUGAUUUCUGAAAAUCGCUUUGUUCAAUUUGCUUCACGUAGUGAAGAAUUUAUUCUUCCAUGUUUAUUAUUAAUUGGUACUACUUGUAAUACACUAACAUUUGCUGUUAUGAGACGAGGACGUAUGCGACAUUCAUCAUCAUGUUUCUAUAUGGCAACAUUGGCUAUUGCUGAUACAUUUGUUCUAUGGAUUGGUUGUUUAAAUCGAUGGUUAGAAUUAUUAGAUAAACAAAGACCAAUUUUAGCUUGUAAUAUGUGCUGUAAAUUAGGCACAUUUGCAUUUUUCUUUUUUGCUGAUUGUAGCGUUUGGAUAACAGUUGCAAUGACCUUCGAACGAUAUAUUGCUGUUUCUCAACCUUUACGUGCUAGUCAACUUUGUACUAUAAAACGUGCACGUUAUAUGUUAUUACUUGUAUUUACAAUAUUUUUCUUAUUAAACGCUCAUUUCUUAUGGACAUUUCAUUUAUCACCAACUGUACUUCAUUGUAUACCAUUAAAUACUCAAUCAUUAUUCAUAAGAUAUUUUACAUGGAUUGAUUCAUUUAAAUAUUCAUUUUGUCCAUUUACACUUUUAAUAACACUUAAUAUAUUAAUUAUAAAAAGUUUAUUAAAUGCACGUAAUGCAAAUAAAUAUCUGCAACAAGAAAUUUCGAAUGAAAAUAGUUCCAAUCAUCAUACAACAAAUUAUUCAAUAGCAUUUUCAUCAACAUCAACAACAAAUAAUAAUCCUAAUACAUUAAUAAAGAAAAAGAAAUAUAAUCUAUUACGUUCAUCAAAUCCUUAUCAACAACAACAACAAUAUACAUCAACAAAAACUUUAGCAUGUCGACGAGUUAAUCGUCGUUUAACAACAAUGUUAUUAGCUGUGUCAUUUGCAUUUUGUAUUUGUUCAAUGCCAAUAUCAAUAAUGCAAUUAAUUGAUGCGAUUUAUUCUGAUGUUGAACAACGUUCAUCAACAAUGAAUGCAGGAAUUGCAAUAGGAAAAAUUAUAGCUGAAAUAUCUCAAUAUAUAAAUCAUUCUUCAAAUUUUUUCUUAUAUGCAUUCACUGGUCGAGUAUUUCGUCAUGAACUUCGUCGUUUAUUUAGUUGUCAUAAUUUCUUAUUUUUUUCUUCAUCAACAUCAUCUCAACGUUUAACAAAACGUGCAAAAAAAUUAAUGUUACUUCAUGGUCCAUCACAAGGUGUACAUGAACAUUUUUAUUCAAAUGGUAAACGUCAUACAAGAAUAUUAGUUGCACCAAAACGAACAUCAAAUUUAUCGGAUAUUUGUACUUAUCGUCAAAGUAUUUGUAGUGCUUAUUCAUCAUCAGAAAUACCAUUGACAAAUCAAAAUCAUCAAUUACGUCAUAAUUCAAUCUUGAUGAAUGAUGAACAAGAUGACCAUUAUUUAACUUCUUAUCAACGUCAAUCUCUUGGACCACGAGCUAGUUCAAUUACACAAACAACUUCAGUUAUGUUUCUUGACUCACCAACAACAACUGUGAAACAUAAUAAUAAUUCCGAACUUGUUUCAUUUGUUGAAAAUAUGAGAAAUCAACAAUAUGAUCAAACAACACCAUUACUUAAUUCAUGUAGUGAACAUACAAGUUCAGGAAAAACUACUACUAAACCUUAUGGUUUAACUGAUUUAACAUCUAAUUCAUGA